UCUCGUGUCUCCGUCCAAGCGUGUUCACAAAGUUGACUAACUAAGAGACAAUUAAAAAUAGGUUAUAAUAGUGUCUUUUUAUGUUUUUUUUCUUACAUUGUCUGUUGAAUAAUUUUUGAUUCCGUAUUUGACUGCACGUUCAGCUUUACGAAGCGUGUUUUUACCAGGUUCAAUUAUUUCUUUUGGGCAACGCACGUGUUACAAAUGUGCAGAUUUGAUACCAACGACCGAAGCAUUUGUUAGAAGUUACGGUUUGAUAGAAACACAGGAAGAGGUCUUGAAGACGGAUGUAACACAGUGACCGGUGUCGCGCGCCUGAUGUAGCAAAUGUCUCCCUCAUAGUUGAUAGUAGUUGUAGCCUUUCUUAAAGACGUGUGCUUUCGAUUUCUCUUAAACGAAUUGGACCAGUAUCCCUAUUAACGGACGCAAACCGCGAAAUGGGGACUCAGGGCACUGGACGAAAAAGAAAUCCCAAUAAGGACCGGUCGACGGCUGAGGAUGAUGCACUAAAUCUAAUAGCAAGAGAGGCCGAGGCCAGGCUGGCUGCAAAGAGAGCAGCCAGGGCAGAGGCCAGGGAGAUCCGUAUGAAGGAGCUGGAGAGACAACAAAAAGAGAUCUAUCAGGUUCAGAAGAAAUAUUAUGGCUUGGACAACAAAUCAGAGAACAAAGUAGACAGCGAAUGGGGCCGCAUCGAAAAAUGGAUGGAGGACAGUGAAAGGUACUCUCGGCCCUCACAGAGACAUACCUCGAUCUCAGACGAUGACGAGCGGAUGUCAGUGGGCAGCCGAGGCAGUGUGAGGUCGGAUCUUGAUGCAAUAGGGGCCUACGGAGGAGGGGGCUCAUCCUCCCAUUCACGGGAGAAGUUGAAGAAGUCCAAGAAGAAGAAGAAACAUAAAGACAAAUUGAAUGAUCGAGAUAGCAAUGGCUUUGACGAUGGGUACAGUGGUAUAUCCACUCGGAGUUCCAGACUCAGUGAUGAGAGCGCUAGCAGGGUCUCUCGUUCCUCAAGACUUGACCUGCAGCCGGCUUCCUAUGCUUCCUCUGACCUUUAUGGCAACAAUGGUCUAUCCUCCACUAAACAACGGCUUUCUAAGUACAAUGGCUACGAGUCCUCUGGGAUACUCAGCCAGAUCUCCUACCAGCGCUGUCACAGGGGCUCUCUAUACGAGGACAGUCUGUACAGUGCUUCUCGACGGGUCACCAGCUCUCGUCCUUCGGAGUACAGUAGUUAUCGCGGCACCGGUUCCAGGGUGUCCUCCAGGGCCAGUUCAGCCCGUGCCAGCCCAGUGGAUGACAACUGCAGCUCGGCGACCAGCUUCCUGCGCACCGCGACCACUGGCCUGCCCAGAGACAUGGAUCAUGUGACCAUCCCCGACUUAUCUGACGAGGAGAAAGACUAUCAGGAAAAGGGAGCUCGAACCUCUUCAACGCUAUCAGCGGCCACCCUCGGCUCGCUGGGUGGGUCUUCUUCCCGUAGAGGAAGUGGCGAAACGUCCCUCGUUGGUGACAAUGAGACGUCCAUACGGGAGAUCAAGGAGAUUCAUGAGCUGAAGGAUCAGAUUCAAGAUGUGGAGUCGAAGUACAUGCAGAGCCUCAAAGAAGUUAAGGAUGCCCUAGUUGAAGUGGAAGAGAAGUACCGUAAGGCUAUGGUGUCCAACGCCCAGUUAGACAAUGAGAAGAACAACCUGAUGUACCAAGUGGACACCCUGAAGGACUCCCUCAUGGAACUAGAGGAGCUGCUGUCUGAGUCACGACGCGAGUAUGAGGAGAAGGCCAAGGACUUGGAGCGUGAGAAACAUGCCCAUGGUGUGCUGCAAUUCCAGUUCACCACCAUGAAGGAGACACUGAAACAGAGCGAGGAGCUACUAACCGAGAUCCGUCAGAUGCGUCUGAAACAGGAUGGCUUAGUUAGGGAUAUCUCUGACCUGCAGGAAACAGUGGAGUGGAAGGAUAAAAAGAUUGGGGCCUUAGAACGGCAGAAGGAGUAUGCUGACGCCAUCCGAAAUGAGCGAGAUGAGCUCAGGGAUGAGGUGGUCCAGCUGAAAGAUAUUCUAAAGAAACAUGGAAUUGUCCUCGGACCUGAUCUUACCACCAAUGGGGAAACGCUAGAGGUGGGCACUGAAGGGUCAGUGAGUGGAGAUUCAGCUCCUCAAUUGGCUCAGGACUCCCAGAUGCCGCCCACAGAAGGGGGAAACGGCAUGCUUGGCAGAGCUCAGGAGAUGGAGUUGGAAGGUAGAGGAGAUAAGGUGAUGGAACCAGGAAGGUCCAGGCAGCAAGAAGACAGACAUGAGGAAGAGGCUCGAGAGAUCAAACUGACCUUGCCCAACCCCUGUAACCUCGCUUUUGUUACAGAAACAGAAACAUUUACAGAGGCUCAGCCAUUCUCCACUACACUGGUGAAUGAGGUUGAGAUGGAAGACCAAAAGAUCUACAAGGACUCUGACAAUGACAUAACUGGUGCAGUCAAACAUGGACCAAUUUGUGAUCCUGAGGUACUUGUGGUAGUAACAGCUUCUGAGGACAAGGUUACAGGAGAAGGUGAUGGGUACAAAGCAGCAGGCAUAGCGGGGACAGGGGGAGAUGAGGUCACAAACAAAGGGGAAAUGGGGAUAAAAAAUGACAAGGCAGAUGAUGCAGAAACCAAAGUCACCAACAUCAGGGAUGACACCAAAGAGAAGCCUUCCAAAGAGCCUACCUUAGAAUCCAGUGCAGCAGAUGAAACAGAAAAUCUAGAAUUGUGUAGAGAAGUUGUGAAAAGCAUAGACUUGUGUUUUCAGCCUAGACAAUCUGUUGAGGACAUUGUGAACAAUGGCACCCAAAUUAGCCUGGGGAAUGACCUUGAUAGUAAUAAGAUUGAAGCAAACUGUGAGACCCAACCUGAGCCUCAAAAAACUAAGGCAGAAGUGUUACUAGAGACCAAUGCACACCAAGGAGGGAAGAAGAAGAGGAAAGGCAAGAAGAAGAAGGGAAUGACACAAGAUGAUGAAAACCGGGAAGAGAACCAUAGUUCAACUGAAAAAGAUUUAGUCUCAAUGAAAAAUAGAACACAUAUUCCCCAAGGCACAGACCUUGAUACUAGUGAGAGCCCUGUUGAAUCAAAAUCUGAGCCACAAUCUGACGCUCUAAACAUUAAAAAUGCUGAAGCCCUACCGGAGACCACAGAUCAAAUCGACUCAAAGCCUGAGCCUCAAUCUGAGCCUCCAAAAACUGAAAAUGAAGAAACCCUACCAGAGAACACAGACAAACAGCCACUUAUUUCCCAAGACACAGAUGUUGAUGCUAAUAUGAGCUCAGUUGAAUCAAAGCCUGAACCUAAGUCUGAGCCUUCAAAAAUAAAAAAUGCUGAACCCCUACCAGAAAUACAGCCACAAAUUCCCCAAGGGACAGACUUGGAUAUUAGUAAGAGCCAAAUCGGAUCAAAAUCUGAACCUCAGUCUGAGCCUCCAAAAACUGAAAAUGAUGAAACCCUACCAGAGAACACAGACAAACAGCCACCUGCUCAAGGUGGCAAAAAGAAGAGAAAGGGCAAAAAGAAGGGAGAGAAACAAGGUAAUGUAAAGCAGGAGAGCAAAACUGAAAAAGAUCUGGCCUCCACCCCAGCUGAUAAAGAGCCUGUAGACAACUUAGUAGAAGACGUUGUCACUAUAGAAGCACAACAGCUUCUUGAGGUGGAGAUUGGUUGUUUACCGGAUAGAGAGCUCCAAAUACCUGAAGAAACUGCACAAAAUGUAGCUGAGGAGGAAUGGAACCUAAAGGAAGUAGAUGAAGUUGCAGAAGAUGAAAGACUUGAGGUAAAGAAUAAGGAGCAGCCCAUUAAAAACCAAGAAAUAUUUCAGUUUGGCCAGGCUAAGACUGAGGAAGUUGUUACAAAGAAGAAAAAGAAGAAAAUGAAGAAGGACCAUGAAAAACCCUCAAUCGAAUCCGAUAAAUCAGAUGGUGAGACGUCACUACUAUGCCAUGGGUCCAAAAUUGAAAUUGCUGAUUCCAUUGACCACUCCAAGUGUGUAAUCAGUGCUGAUUACCUUAAAGAGGAAUUGGAAUCUAAAACAAAUUCCCAUGCUCAAACAGAGAAGUUGGGUUACACAAACAGUCCUGAUAAUUUUGCAGACGACUUGAACUCUUCUGCUAAUGCAGAAUGUUCAUUAGGCUCUGACCUGUCCAAACCUGAGAAUUUAAACAAUGUCAAAGUGGAAGCAUGUGUCACGCCCUCUGUUGAAGAAGCUGAAACAAUCCAAGAAACAAAGGAACAUGAGAAUAAUCAAUACAGUCCCAAAGUUCUGAGAGCGAGAACUGAACCUGAAGAACAUAUUUUCCGUGAUUGUUUCACUGAUCACACAGACGGUGAUAGCAAAAAUGCAGAGCAAGACCAGGAAGAGGCAGGUCAGGAUGAACAAAAUGAAAGCCCAGUGGAGCAUAUAAGUACAUCUGAACUUGAAGGCUCUUUGAUAGCACUGUCAGCAAAUGUAGAGAAAUGCAACUCUUCAUCAGAAGACAACUGUAGUAGCACAUUGCUUGACCACAAUUGCCCUGCUGCUGAGACUCUGAAUCUGCCUGAGCAACAGACAGAUCUAACUGAUUGUCCAGUUGCUGACGAGCACUUAAAUGAAAAGAAAAAGCAAGAAACACUUGAUGCAGGAGAGGUUUCCAAUGAUCAGGUCUCUACAGAGACCAAGCUGAGUGAUAUAGAAACACAACCACAGGAGCCUGCGAAAGAAAUUCCAGAGACCAUUUACUGCUUUAGGGAACCAGGCCACAAUGAAAGCGGACCAUGCACUGUUGUGGCUGUAGCGGACGAUCACAUUGAGGUUAAACUGGAAGAUAUGGAAGACGGCCACAAACCUAGACCCAGUGAUGAGGUGAAUUUUGACAUAGAGGAUGAUGAAAAUGACGAGGGCCAAUCAUUUGACUUUGAUGACCUGGAUUCUGAGAUCUCUGCAAACAUACAAUCACCAGUCAAGUUAGGCCAGGAGGUGAGCUUGACGUCUGAAGGGGAAAAAAAUGAGGUAGAGGCGGCUGGAGAUGAGACAAAGGAGGAGGACGUGGACAAGUCUUCUGGCAAACUCUUGGGCAAAGGAGAGCAAGUUAGCAUGGUGGCCAGUCAACAGCCACUUGAAGAGAGAUCAGUGGACCUCCAAAACCCUGAAGCAAAAUCACAAACCAUAGUCGAGGACCGGAAUACAAAUGAAGAGCAACCUAUUGCAGUCCAGGAAGUGAUUAAUGUAACAUGUGCACUAAAAGAUAUUUCAGAGGAGGGAGUGAGUGUGACUGUUGGACAGCAAGAAGUAGAAACGAGUGAGAGACUGAUGAAUGCAAAUGACGUAGGGGGUUUCCCUGUAGAGGAGGGGGAAGAGGCGAUCCAGUAUGGGUCACAGCAAGGUAGUAGAGGAAGUAUUCAAAGUAUAGAGGAUGCAGCAGGGGGCGAUAAUGACCUAACAACUAUGACAAGUUUGAAAAAAGGUAGCAAGAAAGGAAAAGGUAAAGGGAAAGAAGACUGUCGAAUGUCCUAGAUUUUAGGUCUGCCUUCAUAAAUAAACCACAAAACUAUUUAAGAAAAUGCUGUGAAACCUACUACACCUGCAGCAACUAUCAUUUAAAAUAAUUCCAAAGUCAUUAUUAGAUGUACAGUUUCUUGGUAUUUCAGCUCAUUUUGUUAAGGAACAUUCAUUUAUUUGUUUGGGUGAAAUGCUGUGCAGUCACCUUGCGUUUUCUUGAGGUUUAGUUCUAUACUAUCUUGAAUAGAUUUAAAUGUGCAUGACAUCCUGUUGAUCAAAAUUGGUAAAGUUGGACGCUAUUGCAGUAGAUUAGGUAUUUAUUUAACUUCUUGUCAUUUAUAUGCUUAUGUUAUUUCCCUGUAUUACAACAUGUAUAUGCAAUAUAUUGUGUACUGCUUUUUAGUAUGUGAAAUGGACCAUGCAAUUUUUCCAGAUGUUUUCCUUCACGUGCUUUGGGUACUUGGCUAAGUUGGCAAGAGAGUAUGGAGUUGGUAAUCUGACCAUGCAGGCUUUCCCACCCCCAAACUAGAAGUGUCCCACUUAAUACUUAAGAGUAGUUGUGGUAUUUGAGAAGUAGAAUCGAUCAUAAUCAUUAAGCCAGGCAGGGUACAUUGCACUUACCUCACCCCCAGGUUCCUUUUGCAAGUAUCUGGGAACGAUAGUAACAUUGCCCAUAUAAAUGUACAGCAGCAAUUUUUUUGGCAUUAAUUCAAGGCACCGUGUUCACGUAUUGUGUAAUUGCCUAGAAAAGAAAUACUUCAGGGAGUGAUGGCAUCUCAUUUAUUUUCAUCACAUUCUCAGAAAUUUUACCAGAACUAAAAAUAUUAUAUAGCUUGCUGGCAUAGCUGGAGAAAAGAAAAUGAAAAUAAUGUGCCAAAAAGUCCUCCUUGUUACAAAUCAGUUUAAUAUAGGCUAUUAUAUCAGGUCAAAUCCCAGCCCUGGGCUAUCACAUCAAGACUAUAAAAUUGCAACCUGUUUAGUUUUUGCCAUGUGUGCUGAAUUCAAAUGAUAAUAUUAUAAGACUGCUACCAAUUGUACCGUGUAAGAAUAUUACUUCCUUGUCAACCUCUGGCCUAAAUGUCAUUCAUGAAUAAAACCACUCUUUUCCAGCUGA